GAUCAAGCGACCAACAACGAUGGACGACGAGCGACAGCGGAAGCGCAAGCUGUACGAGGACGGGGCCAAGCGACCGGAGGAUGGCGUCCCGCGCUUCUCGAUGGCGACGCAGAAGAAGACCAAGUUCGACAAGGAGCGCGAAGAGCAGGAGCGCAAGAAGCGCAUCGCGGACCAAGAGGCCGCCCAAGUCUACGAGUCGUUCGUCGCCUCGUUCGAGCACGAGCCGCGGCAGGCGUUCGUGCAGGCCGGCGCAUUGAGCGCACCGGCGUACACGCCGCAGCGGUACCAGACGCCGCCACCGCUCCGCCGCCCGACGCCCGGCCCGGCGCGGUCGUCGUCGGCCACAUCGUCGUCGUCGUCGUCGGCGAAAGUGAAAGCGUUUGCGUUUGCAAUGGACGAAGAGGACGAGCCGCCGGUCGUCGACGUGCCCCGCAAGAAGAUCCGCGAGAUGGACCUGUUCCUCCAAGAGAUCAAAGAACAUAAGUUUGAGCCCGCGCCGGCCAUGGACGUCUACCCGCACCGCGACAUUGGCGGGUCCCACGACGACGGCGUCGGCGACACGACCAAUCUCUACGUCGGCAACCUGCCGCCCACGAUCACCGAAGACGCGCUCCGGACGAUCUUUGAAGAGUAUGGCGCCAUCUACUCGGUCAAGAUCAUGUGGCCCCGCAAUGACGAAGAGCGUCUCCGCGGCCGCCUCACCGGGUUUGUGUGCUUCCGCCGACGCGACGACGCCGACGACGCGCGUCAGCACUUGAACGAGCGCAUUGUGGACGGGCAAGAGAUCAUGGUCGGGUGGGGCAAAGCCGUUCGCAUGGACGCCCCCAAGCCGCCCUCGAUGUUUGCACCGCCAUUGGCGUUCCCGCGGCCGCUUUUGACGCCGCCACCGACGACGUUUGCACGCCCGCCACCGCCGCCCUCGAUGGGGUUUCCGCCCCGCCCGCCGUUUCCAGGACCGCCGCCGCGCCCGACCAUGAUGAUGGGGACGCCGCCAUCCGGGCCACCGCGCGGCCUGCCCUUCGCUCGUCCGCCCAUCAUCGUCGAGCUGCCCGACAAAGAUACCGUGCGCUACGUCAACCGGUUCGCGGAAUGCGUCGCCGAAGGCGGGCCGCAGAUGGAAGACGCGAUGCGGCUGCGGCCGGACGACCGGUUCUUGUUUCUCAACGACCCGAAUUCGAGCUUGUUCCACUACUACAAGUGGAAGGUGCUCUCGCUGCGCCGCGGCGAGAACGACUACCGCUGGGGCCGGGACCCGAUCCCGGGCGAGAACGGACUCGUGUACCUUCCGCCGCCGCCGCGGGACAACGCGUCGUCGUCCUUGGUGCGCGACGGUGCGCCACGGUCGCGUAGCUCGAGUCCGGCGCGGUCGCCGCGCCCGGCCCGCCGCACGCACCACCGCUUCACGCGCGAGGCCAGCAGUCCGCGGACCAAUUCGGCGACAAAAGACAAGGGGAAUGUCAUGACGGGGGCCCAGUUGGCCGCGGCGCGGGACAAGGAAGAGGGCCGUCGGCGCAACCUCUUGGAUGCAGACGAUUACGAUGAUUUCUGCGAGCUCCUCGAAGACGUGACGCUCGAGCGAGACGCGAUCUGCGACGUGAUGGCGUUUGCGCUCGACCACUCGGAGUGCGCGGCCGACAUUGUGAGCAUUUUGGCCAAAGCCUUCCGCGUCGAGUACACCGAGAACACCGAGAACGACGACGACCAUGACGAGAAGACACAACUGGUGUUGCCGCCCAUGACGUACGUCGCGCGGCUGUAUGUGAUCUCGGACAUUCUGCACAACUCGACCGCUCCGAAGAAGAACGCGUCCUUGUACCGGACGCAGUUUGAAGAGUGCCUGCCCGAGAUCAUGCAAGUGCUCAACCACGUGCACCAGACGAUCGUCGGCCGCAUGUCGUUCAAUUCUAUGCGCGACAAGGUGCUCUCGGUGCUGAAUGCGUGGGAGACGUGGAGCCUCUUUCCGCCGUCGUACCUCCUCGGUCUCAACGCAACGUUCCUCGCCAAGAAGGAUCCAUCUGAUGUCGACCCGCGCAGCGUCUUGGGCCCCGAGAUUCUCAACCUCUCGGAAGACCGGCUGAAGCGCAAGUGCAAGCAAGCGGGGCUUGUCUCGUCGGGCUCGAUGCUCGACAUGUACGCGUGCCUGGCCAUGCUCCAGCGGUUCACAAGUGUCUCGAAAGCGCCACCGACAAGUGCAAACAACCCAGACGACCUCGAUGGCGCACCCAUGGACGAGGUGCCGGACGCGCCCAUGGGCGGCGACGACGAUGACGACAUUGAUGGCGUGCCCCUCGAUGGAAACCACGAAGAUGAGGAUGAUCUGGAUGGGGAGCCCAUUGACGAGGAUGUUGAUGGCGAACCCCUCGACGACGAUGUCGAUGGCGAGCCGCUGGACGACAACGAUGCAGCAUGA